UUUGACGUCCGCAGUCGUGUAUGGUCAUGUUGCCUUUGUGGAUCUCGCAACAAUUUUCCUCCACAAUAUGCAGGUAUGACCGAACAGCAACUACCUGCGGAGCUCAUGCCACAGUUCACUACUUUGGAGUAUACUAUUCCGAAGGCGCCUGUUGUUCCGCCAAUCUUUGUUUUUGUGGUGGACACAUGUAUUGAAGAGCCUGAGUUUACGCAGCUUAAGGAAUCUCUACAAAUGUCGUUGAGCUUCCUACCUCAAAACACUCUGGUGGGCUUAAUCACUUUCGGAAGGAUGGUACACGUACAUGAGCUGCAAUCAGGGCCGAUUUCAAAAUCGUGGGUGUUCAAAGGAACGAAGGAUUAUACCGGCAGCCAAAUUCAGAUUAUGCUUGGCGUGGGCCGUUCCACAACAGGCCCUGCCGCGGCCCCAAACGCAUUCGCUGGACGUGCCACUCCCAUCACCAAGGGCCCGGUUGCUCCAGAGCAUCCGCAACCCACCCAACUACCACAUAACAGGUUCAUCCAACCCAUGGAGAAGUGCGAUGCCAUUUUGACAGACCUACUCACUGAGCUCCAACCAGAUCCGUGGCCCGUACCCCAAGGUCGACGCCCGCUUCGGUCUGUGGGAACUGCUUUGAGCAUCACUGUUGGGCUUCUGGAAGCCGCGUUUCCAAACACUGGAGCUCGAAUCGUGUUGUUCCUCGGUGGGCCAUGUACUCAGGGCCCAGGUAUGGUGAUAGAUGACGAGCUGAAAAAUGUGAUCCGCUCACACCACGAUAUAGAAAAGGAUAAUUGUAAAUACAUGCGCAAAGCAAUGAAGCACUACGAGGCACUGGCCAAUCGGGCUGCUCAGAACUUUCAUGUAGUUGAUAUAUUCAGUUGCUCCCUUGAUCAAACCGGCCUGCAUGAAAUGCGGUACUUGACCAAUUACACUGGCGGGUUCAUGGUGAUGGGAGACAGUUUCGCUUCCAGUCUUUUCCAGCAGACAUAUCGUCGUGUGUUCAACAAAGACGCUCUGGGAAACUUUCUCCUGGGAUUCGCCGGACAAAUGGAGGUUAAGACCUCACGCGAGCUCAAGGUCUCGGGUUGCAUUGGCCCCUGCUUCUCGGCGAAUGUGAAGACUGCUAACACAGGUGACCAGGAGAUCGGUGUUGGACGCACCUCUGUGUGGCGAUUGAACGGAUUUACGCCGUCUACGACACUGGGAAUCUUCUUCGAAGUUGCUGGUUCGGUAUCCGGUCCGACCCAACUACCCGCCGGUGGCCGUGGCUACGUACAAUUCAUCACACAGUACCAACAAGCCAACGGCCAACGAAAACUUCGCGUCUCCACCGCUUGCCGUAAUUGGGUCGAUUCAAGCACUCAAAUGCCACAUUUGGUCAGUGGCUUCGAUCAGGAGGCGGCCACAGUGCUCCUGGCACGUAUGGCCAUGUUUCGCGCCGAAACCGCGGAUAGCAUCGACGUGUUACGCUGGCUGGAUCGUCAACUCAUCCGUUUGUGUCACAAAUUUGGUGACUACCGGAAGGAUGAUCCUGCAUCCUUCCGUCUGCCCGAUGAGUUCUCCUUCUUUCCUCAAUUUCUCUUCCACAUGCGACGAUCACAGUUUCUCCAAGUAUUCAACAACAGCCCGGAUGAGACCGCGUACUAUCGGCACAUUUUGAACAAAGAAGACUGUUCAAAUUCGUUGUUAAUGAUUCAGCCUUCGUUAACUUCAUUCAGUCUGGAGGGUACGGAGGAACCAGUGUUACUAGACACCAGCAGUUUGCAACCAGAUCGUGUUCUUCUCAUGGAUAGUUUCUUCCACAUCCUCAUCUACCAAGGUGAUACCAUAGCCAAGUGGAAAAAAGCGGGUUAUCUGGACAUGCCGGAGUAUGCACAUAUCAGACAGAUAUUGGACAAACCGAGGUUUGAGGCAGAGGAAUUGCUCAAAACUCGUUUCCCCAUGCCCCGAUACAUAGAGACGGAGCACGAUGGCAGCCAAGCCCGAUUUUUACUGUCUAAAGUAAACCCAUCGCUCACACACAACACAUUGUACAACUUCGGGCAGGACACUGGAAGCGCUGUCCUCACUGAUGAUGUGUCCUUGCAGGGCUUCAUGGAUCACUUGAAGAAGUUGGCCGUAUCCAGCUCUGCUUGAAGUUCCCCUGAGACUCUCGUACCAAUUUGUUUUCUGUUUCCUAUGAGUCGCAUCUCACUGAUCCUGUCAAAUCGGUUUGUGCAAAAACGUGUGCUGUAAACAUUGCUCGAGCGAUUAUCACCCGAGGUUUACCCUCCCCCUGUCCACCAUGUGAUCGACCUACCCCGUUCUUCACGUUUCCGAUACUUAUAAACGCUCUUCUCUACUUCCACAUCGCUAACAUUUAGUUGGCUCAUCGGCGUCUUCCAGACUGCCUUGGGGCCGCUGCUUUGUGCGACUAGUUGCUGUGAACCGCUAAUUAAACGCACUGUGGUUUGCCAUUGUUUAC